AUGGAGCCGAGCCCCGACGCCGAUAAGUCGGCGCCGACAUCGGCCGACUUUCCUCUUCGUCACCGCAUGGGUCGCGGUCUCAGCUUCACUUUCGAGUGGGACGACUCCGCCGUCCUUCGCGACCACAAGAAGGAGUUCAACGAGAGAUGCUUGGGGUUCGGCAUCAGGUACGCUUGGUUUCGCAUUGGGCUGGACGACCAGCGGUUGUGGGUAAUCGGAGUCGGCCCGCUUCGAUCGGCCAUGAAGGCCGCCAACCAUUCUUGCUUUGCUACGGUUUUCGACGCCGACAUCGCCGCGAUCCCGUUAAGAACAACAGGCGGUCCCCUUCCAGGACCACACUGCAGCGUCAUAGCCAUCCUCUACCCAGGAGAUCUGCUGAAGGCUGAGGGACAUGUGUGCAGGACCUCGAUCCGGCACAUCGACCCGCAGACCGGUAAACUGGUCCACCGCGACGAGGCCGUCCGCGUGCUGAAGUUAUUCCGCACGGCUGUCCUGGCCGAGCUGGGGCGUCCCGGUAGGAAGUGGGACGGGGCGCCGCCAUCACAAGCAGUGGUGGAGGAAAGGCUUGCCGACUGCGACGACCCUAUCCGCGACAAAGUGCCGGACACAGUGUCGGACGGGCAUGUCGGCACCGGCAUGCUUGCCGCGACGUCGUUCGGGUGGGUGGCCAAGCAGAUUGACAUGCUGACGGGCGAGAAGGGCCGUAGUGGGGUGAGCAUCGAGAACAUCAAGACCAAGGGGCUGAGGGGUUUGCGAGACAACAUGGUGGAGUACAUCUGCAAGCGCAUCGCCGAAAAACGCUCUGCGGCGCCAACUUCACAAGCGCUCGGCCCCGCCGACGGUUCGAUUGACGACGACGGCGCGGAAAGACAGACGGCGCCCCAAGCAGCAGUUGUCGCCCAGCAUCAGGGGAGCGCGAGGGUGUCUGCGGGAGGAGGAAUCGGUGGAGGAGGAGGCGACGCUGCGGCAGGUGCAGAACGGAAGGAAGAGGAGUCGGGGUGGGGGUCCGAGUCGGAGUCGGAGGAGGACGAGGCAGUAAAGCAGGAUGAGGAGGACGAGGGGGAGGAGGAGGAGGACGAGAAGGAUGAGGAAGGGGUGGAGGAAGAGGUGGAGUACGAGGUGGAGUACGUAGACGGUACGGUUGAGGUGGGAGCGGCGGAAGAGGCGGCGGGGUCGGCGGAUGAGAGGAACGAGGAAGAGGAGGAUGGCGAUGCGGGUAAUACUACGAGGUCGGCAGAUGGGGGGAAGGAGAAGGAUGAGGUCGGCGUAGAGGCAACGACGGAAAAGGGCCAGGAGGAGGCGGCAUGCAAUGGAAGUGGGAAGGUGCCGGUCGACGCCGGCGAAGGGGCGAACAUCACGGGCGUGCAGGAGACGGGGGAAGCAUCUGGUCGGCAGGGUCCUGAACUAGACGACGUCGAGGAGCUUCGACGGGAGAACUGUUUGUUGAGGGCGGAGAACACUCGGCUGGCGACGUUGCUCGAUGAGGAGAAGGCUCGGCUGGACAUGUUUUUUGUCGGGGUACGUGGACUCGUCGACAAGGUGAACGAGUUGGCCGACCAGGUCGCCGACUCCGACCAGACUGCGGCGGAACGGCUGCGGAACGCGACGUCGGCCAUGUCGACGACCAUCACGGGCAACAUCACCGGCAGCUUCGACGAAGCGUGGAAAUUGAUGAAGUCCUUCGCGGAACUGGCGUCGGCGUGGUUGCUGGACUUUGACAAUCCGGAGGGAAAUAUGGCAUAUGCACGCGCCGAGGCGUUCUCCACCUUGGCCGAACACGUCGAUACGGUGGUGGGCGAUGCGAAGAGGGGUUUGGAGGAGUACAUCUCGAACCACCUAGCCUCCGCGCAGGUCAACAUCGCCACCGCUGUGACUCAUAGGCUCGCCGUGCAGCCGCCGCCUCCGACUCAGCCCACGCCGCCCGCCCCAACGCCCGCCUUACCGGAGGAGCUCUUGAAGUCGUUCAAGGCAGACAUCUUGAAGGCGGUGACGGAGGCCACCCAGCAGUCGUUCCUAGCUUCCGGGAUGAAGUUCAUGACCGAGAUGAUCGGCACUGUGGCGCCUGGUCGACGUGGGUCGUCGCCUUCGGCCAAUGACGCCGAUCACGCGCAACGGAGGGAGGCCGACAAGCAGGGCCAGAAUAGGACGGGCGGCGGUGACGAUGCGGGGAGCGUGGAGCGGAGCAAGGGAGCGGACGGGAGCCGCGGUCUAGGCGCGUCGCCGUCGGCCAAUGUCGCCGAUCAGGCGCAACGGAGGGAGGCCGACAAGCAGGGCCAGAAGAGGACGGGCGGCGGAGACGGUUCGGUGAGCGUGAAGGAGCAAGGGAGCGGACGGGAGCCGCGGUCCAGGCGGCUCGAAGCCUGCUUCACAGAGCGUGGUCGACCAGCUGAAGACGAAGGCGGGGUGGAAGGUGUUAAGGUCGUCUUCCAGCAAGGGGGAUGGGAGCGGGGGGGCAGAGGGUGGUACUGCCGACGAGGUUGCCGCUAA